UCCAAAGUAGAAAUCAAUUGAAUUCGCUACCAGAAUCAAUCUUCAAAAACAAUUUUCAAUAUGUUCAAAUUUAUCUUUGUUGUACUUGCCGCCGUUUUGGCUAUUGUUGCUGCUAAACCACAAUACCUAGCACCAGCUAUUUCAUAUGGUACUUAUCCAUCUGCAUAUUCAGCAUACGCUGCUGCACCCGCAUACGCUGCAGCUCCUGCAUACGCUGCAACCGCAUAUUCUGGAUACGCUCCAUACUAUUCUGGAUAUGGUACAUACCAAUAUUAUUAAACUUUUUGGAAAUAAUUAAAUUAACGGAGUUUGUUGUUCUGUUUUAAAAUCGUUGCUUUGUCUUUUCAAUGUUAGAUUGUAAUUAAAUAAAUUUUGUGUUUAUCAUUUACAAA